UUGCGAUCAUUCAACAUUGGUUCAGGAACUAGUAUUGAAGUUCUUGAAGACUAUUGUUUCAACAACACCCAACUUGAAGAAUUCAUUCUUCCUAGUCCAACAACGAUUGGUAAGUUUGUUUUCAAGAACUGCAAACAUCUUUCACAUGUCGAUCUCACACCUCGAUCAUCAUCGAACAACAAACGAAAUCUUCAAUCAUCAGAAUCAUACACUAUUCCAACCGGUCUUUUUGAUGACUGCACAUCACUUCGUAAUAUUUCUAUCCAUGCAACAGUCAACAAUAUCUCAGACUAUGCAUUUCGAAACUGCAACAACAUUGAAUACUAUAUUCCAGACAGUGUUGUCCAUGUUGGUAUCUCAUGUUUCGAGAACUGCUACAAAAUAUAUAAUGUUCCUCAACCUAUCACACACUUCGGCAACAAUUCAUUCCGAAGCACAUACAUCAAAGGUCCACUUGUCAUCCCACCUUCCACAGACUUCAUUGGUUCAUCAUCAUUCACCAACACGAGUGUCUACAUCGUCAUCUACUGUGGUAUUCAUGACUUCUCACGCUCAUUACUUGCAUUUGAGAAUGAUGCUAUCUCCAUUGUUACAUACUCGUACGAUUAUGUUUCAUUUUGUGGUCUUCGUGCACACCACUCACCAUCACACACAUGUUCAGAUCUUCUUCGCACAAACUUUGCUGGUGUUGAAGGUCUUCGCCAUAACAUUCAUGGCAACAACAUCAUUGAUGGUGUUCUUCUUUUUUCAUCUGUUUAUAAUCUUGGUCUUUGGUAA